AUGUCUGCAGCAUUAAAAGAAACAUUCGAGAGGUGUAAGAGAGAGAAGCGUAAUGCUUUGAUCAACUUCAUUACCGCAGGUUACCCCACUGUUGAAGACACCUUGCCAAUCUUGGAAGGUAUGCAAAGAGGAGGUGUCGAUAUUGUUGAAUUAGGUGUUCCUUUUACUGACCCUAUCGCUGAUGGUCCAACUAUCCAAGUUUCCAAUAAUGUCGCCUUGAGUAAUGGCGUGGAUGUUAUCAAAUGUUUAGAAUUAGUGACAAAAGCUAGAGCCCAAGGUAUUACCAUUCCAAUCAUCUUGAUGGGUUACUACAACCCAAUGUUGACUUAUGGGGAGGAAAAAAUGAUUGAAGAUGCUGCUAAAGCUGGAGCUGAUGGUUUCAUUGUCGUUGAUUUGCCACCUGAGGAAGCUUUGAAGUUCAGAUCGACUUGUACUAAGCACGGGUUAUCAUACGUUCCUUUGGUUGCUCCAGCUACAACCAACGAGAGAUUGGAGAUUUUAGGUAAGAUUGCAGACUCAUUUAUAUAUGUGGUCUCAAGAAUGGCCCCAACUGGUUCCUUGGCAGUAAUUGAACUGGGUAUUGGAGAGUUAUGCGCCAGAGUUAAGAAGUAUGUGCCCGAUACCCCUAUUGCCGUUGGUUUCGGGGUUUCUACUAGAGAACACUUUUUGAACGUGGGUGAAUCCGCUGAUGGUGUUGUUAUUGGUUCAAAGCUCAUUACCACUGUCGGCGAUGCUAAAGAGGGUGAAAGAGGCGAAGCUGCCUUCAAGUUUGUUAGAUCCAUUUUGGGAGAAGAUUACGCUGGUAAGGCCCCAGAGAGAGAUACGAAAUCAAAUUUAUCCAACUUGGUCAAAACUGACGAACCUGACUUUAACGAAUCUCACAAAUAUGAACCAAGAUUUGGGGACUUUGGGGGUCAAUAUGUCCCAGAGGCUUUACACACUUGUUUAGCUGAAUUGGAAAGAGGGUUUGAAAGUGCUGUUGCUGAUGAACUGUUCUGGCAAGAGUUCAGAUCCUUAUACUCAUAUAUCGGAAGACCUUCAUCUUUCCACAAGGCUGAAAGAUUAACUGAACAUGCUGGUGGUGCCCAGAUCUGGUUGAAGAGAGAAGACUUGAACCACACCGGUUCUCAUAAGAUCAAUAAUGCAUUGGCCCAAGUAUUAAUUGCCAAAAGAUUGGGUAAAACUAAAAUUAUUGCCGAAACUGGUGCAGGUCAACAUGGUGUCGCCACUGCUACUGCCUGUGCCAAAUUUGGAUUGGAAUGUACCGUUUUCAUGGGUGCUGAAGAUGUUAGACGUCAAGCCUUAAAUGUCUUCAGAAUGAGAAUUUUAGGUGCCAAAGUUGUUGCCGUUACUAACGGUACACAAACUUUGAGAGAUGCAACUUCCGAAGCCUUCAGAUUCUGGGUCUCCCACUUACAAACUACCCAUUACGUUGUUGGAUCUGCUAUCGGUCCUCAUCCUUAUCCUACUUUGGUGAGAACUUUCCAAAGUGUCAUUGGUAAUGAGGCUAAAGAGCAAUUCAAGGAAUUGAACAACGGUAAGUUGCCUAACUAUGUCGUUGCUUGUGUUGGUGGUGGCUCUAACUCCACUGGGUUAUUCUCUCCAUUCGAACAUGACACUGAAGUUCAAAUGAUUGGAGUCGAAGCUGCUGGUGAUGGGUUGGACACUGAACGUCAUUCAGCAACCUUGUCCAAAGGUAUUCCAGGUGUUUUCCAUGGUGUCAAAACCUAUGUGUUGCAAAACUAUGAUGGUCAAGUCCAAGACACUCAUUCUAUCUCGGCUGGUUUGGAUUACCCAGGUGUUGGUCCUGAGUUAGCAUACUGGAAGAGCACUGGACGUGCCAAAUUCAUUGCUGCUACUGAUGCGCAAGCCUUACACGGUUUCAGAUUAUUGUCACAGUUGGAAGGUAUCAUUCCAGCCUUGGAAUCAUCUCACGCAAUUUAUGGAGCAGUUGAAUUGGCCAAGACUUUACCAAAGGAAGAACAUAUCAUUAUCAAUGUUUCUGGAAGAGGUGAUAAGGAUGUGCAAUCAGUCGCUGAAGUAUUACCAAAAUUGGGUGAUUCGAUUAACUGGGAUUUAAGAUUUGAAGACGAUCCUUCGAAGUAA